GCUUGAGGUUGAUAGGGUUGGGUGGUGCUGUUUUCAUCCAGGCUCACUAGUUCUUCAGAAAUGACAAACAUUACAAAAAGCGUAUGAGGGGAUGCCAGGGAAAAUGAAAUUUCUAGAGGUUCCUCAUGGCAGACUGGUUUUGGCAGUAUCUGAUGGAGAGUUGAACAACACUGAUUUAGAUGGGCGAGGCAGUGACCAGAGUCUCAACAGUUUGCCUAGUGUCCAGACUGCUGGACUUGGGUCAGAACAUUCAGUCGCCAGCUGGGCAGUAUCAUUUGAAAGGCUUCUUCAAGAUCCACUUGGUGUUGAGUACUUUACGGAAUUUUUAAAGAAAGAAUACAGUGCUGAGAAUAUAUACUUCUGGAAAUCAUGUGAAAAGUACCAGAGCAUUCCAGCAGAUGAUCCUGAGCAGCUUUUGCAGGAGUCUCGGCAGAUAUACAAUGAAUAUUUAUCCAGUACUUCCUUGUGUCCAGUCAAUGUGGAUCAGCAGGCGCUUAUUACAGAGGAGAUGCUGGAGAAACCAACCCCUGACCUUUUUAAAGGUCAGCAGCUGCAGAUCUUCAAUUUGAUGAAGUUUGACAGCUAUGCGCGAUUUGUUAAAUCCCCGCUGUAUCAAGAGUGCAUGUUGUCAGAGGUGGAAGGACGCCCUUUGCCAAACCUUAAUUUGUCACCUACCAGUCUAAGCUCAGGCAGCACUGCAAUCACCUCUGGGGCAGUAAAGAAAAAGAAACUAAGACCUGGGACGUCAUUACCAAUUGGUGUUGAGGCAUCCGGAUUAGACAAUUUAGCAGAUGGUUCCAGAGUAAACAGUAGGUCCUUCAAGAGAAAAGAUCGAAGAGGAAAUGUGCGAGACAGCAAUGGACUUUCAUCACGACGUGAGUCGGAAGGUUCUCUGAACUCAGCAACCAGCCUGGAUCUGAACAUCAGCUUCUCCCUCUCUGGAAAAUCUGAGCAUGACAGUGGCAGCCAGGGCAGCACAGAACGCGAUGCAGACAGCAAACCUAUCAAAUACUGCUGUGUUUACCUCCCGGAUGGCACCGCCUCGCUCACAGCUGUCAAACCUGGACUAACCAUACAAGAAAUGCUGGCAGGAGUGUGUGAGAAGCGAGGGUAUAAUACUUCAGAUGUUAAAGUGUACCUAGCUGGAAAUGAACAGAAGGCGCUGGCCCUUGAUCAGGAGUGCAUCAUUCUUAGCGACCAGGAAAUCAAGCUGGAGAACAGGAUCAGUUUCAAUUUACAGAUUGAACCAGUGAAUAAAAGUUUGCGCAUUGUGUCAAAGCCAACAAAGACUAUACAUGAAGCUUUGCAGUCUGCUUUAAAGAAGUAUGGACUAGGUAACCAGUACAUUGUUCUGCGUAAGAUGGGCGAGUCUUGUGCUUUAGACCACACUGCCUUUGUCAGUGAAGUGGCCGGACAGACUCUUGUUUUACAGGUUCAUACAGAUACGAAAGAUGCCACAAAUGCUGAAGGAAGUACAGCAGAACCACAGACUAAGAAAGAAUCUGUAAAGGAAAAACCUGUUGAAUUGCGUGCUCCAAGGUUAAACCUUCAUCACUGGACACAGAAAGAGGCUACUCAUGAUCAUCAUCCAUCACUGGCACACAGGCGUAGUGGAAUAAGACCAGACAAAGAAAAGAUUUAUCGACAUAACCAGGAUAUUGAAGGACUGGUUGAAAUGCUGAAUAGAGUCCAGAAUACCCGGGCAGAUGACCAACGUGGGAUACUCUGUAAAGAGAACCUUGUUCUCCCAGAGUUUCUGAAACUUCCAAUAGAUGACAAAUGUGAUCAUUGCCAGAUAACAUGCCAGGACACUGCUACAGUGAUGGAAAGUGUUCACCCAUGUUCAGAUGUUUCUACUGAGAACUGCAAUGAAAAAAAUGUUUUGUCAGGCGGCACAUUGCCAUCACAAGAAACAGUGUGCUGCCCAUUUUCUCACAUAGAGAACACCAAUGCUUCCACCUGUAUUCCCAUUGAUAACCAAGAGACAGUGAUGGCUGGCAAUGUAACCUCUCUACAACCAUGUACAGAGGAGAAGGACACUGUGCUUUAACCAUUAACCUUUUCUUCUAUUUAUUAAAGUAAUGUACUAUGGAUACUGGCUGGGUGUAGCUUGUGCAGGGUUGUAGCUAUAUGAGGCGCAGAGAUAGCAGAAGCUUCUGAGCCCUGGUGCCUCAUGGGGCCUAAAGGCCCUUCUGCCACAUUAAGAGGCAUCAUUAUUAAAUUACACAUUAGAUCGGUGGUAUUGUUGCAUAUUAUGCAUCGGGGACCCAGCACCAUAAAUUACACCUCUGGGCUUCUCAUCACUCAACCAUCAUUCAGACAAGACCAAGCCAAUAUAUAAACCACAGGUCUGCAUUGCCAUCAUCCCAUUUAUGCAAAGAUUACUGUUUACUGUAUUAUUUUGUAUAAUGGCAGCAGCUACUCUUAGCAUUGCUUACUUUCUCAUGGCUAAUGUCAAAUCACGAUUAUAAAGAACUUUGUGCCAAUGAUAAGAUUGGUAUUUAUA